GGCUCUCUCUCAAUCCCGAAAAAGGAUUGCCAAGUGCAUUAUCCUCCCUCUUCUCUUUCCUCUCUCCCUUCUCUUCUCCUCCUCCCAUUUUCUCUCUCAUGGCCUCGACCUCCACGUUCUCUCACCCCCCUCUCCCUUCUCUCACUCCUCGUCUCCUCUCUCCUCGACCUUCACCUCUCUCUCUUCCCCUAUCCAAUUCCUCUCCUCUCUCAUCCCUCCCAAUUUCGAUUCCCAGCAAAAGAUUACGUGCAGUGAGUGCAGAUGGACCGACUGCGGGCCCAGAUCGGAGGUCGGGAGUCUCGGUCUACAAGCCCAAAUCGUAUGAAGUUCUAUUGUCUGAUGCUGCUAGGUCUUUGGUCUUUGCUCUUGAUGAAGGGAAAACCAGGCUCGAGAUCGAAUUCCCACCCUUGCCAAGCAGCAUUUCUUCUUACAAGGGAUCUUCAGAUGAGUUCAUUGAUGCCAACAUUCAACUUGCCCUUGCUGUUGUCAGAAUACUUUAUGAAACGAAAGGGACCAGGUCAUGCAUUGUGUUUCCUGAUCAACCGGAAAAGCGCAGGGCUUCAGAGUUGUUCAAGACAGCUAUUGAUAAUAUUGGUGCAGUUAUUCUUGGUUCCUUGGAUGAUGUACCGAGUGGAGCGGUUAAAAGCUUCUUCAAGUCCAUAAGAAGCACCUUAGAUUUUGAUUUUGCAGACGAUAAUGAAGAUCGUUGGAAGUCGGAUGAGCCUCCAUCAUUAUAUGUGUUUAUUAACUGUAGUACUCGUGACCUUUCUUCCAUAGAGAAAUAUGUGGAAAAAUUUGCACCCACAAUCCCUGCACUUCUUUUCAAUUUGGAGCUGGAUACCUUGCGCUCUGACUUAGGUCUAUUAGGAUUCCCCACCAAAGACUUGCAUUAUCGCUUCCUUUCACAGUUUGUCCCUGUAUUCUAUAUUCGACAAAGAGACUACUCGAAGACAGUCUCAGUUGCACCUUUCAUAGUGAACUACAGCGGAGCCCUUUUUCGUCAGUAUCCUGGUCCUUGGCAGGUUAUGCUUAAGCAAGCUGAUGGUUCUUAUGCUUGCGUCGCAGAAAGUGCUACACGUUUUACAUUAGGAGAGACCAAGGAAGAACUUCUGAGAGUUCUCGGGCUACAGGAAGAACAAGGAAGCUCACUUGAAUUUCUCAGAAGGGGUUACAAGAAUGCUACAUGGUGGGAAGAAGAUGUUGAUUUGGAAAUGUAUUCCGCGUGGAGGAGUUGAGUUGUGAUCAUAAAUUUCGAAGCGGUCAUGAUAAUAGAUGUAUGAACACAUAGAUCCAAGACAGAAUCCGCAACUCGAGAAAAAGAUCAAAUUUUGGAAAUUAUGAGAACUGUGGGGGUUUCUGCUGCACAGAAGCAAUUUUUUGUUUCAUUUUUCUGAAGUAUCUGUAUAUGUACAAAUACAUGUUGUUUGGUGUCACCAAAUGUCAAGAUAUGAUUUGCAAAACAUACCGUAUGGUUUGUGAAUGGAAUGACAGUAAUUUGGCCUACUUCUCUGAAGCAUGUGAA